AUGAGACAAAUUUCAUCUGCUCUACAAUUAAAAACCAAUUGUAAUUAAGAAAAACUUCUAGAAAGUGCAGGCUAAUAUAAAUUAGUAGACUCUAAAAGUAUAAAUUAGUGAAA